GACUGAAAUCUACAGUUUUAAAGAGUAGUUUUAGUUUUUCUACUGGUUUUCAUUUAUUUGGUUGUUUGUUGGGGACCAGUAUAAGUUUAUGUUAGAAUGUCUUCAACCCUGAGGAGAGUGUAUCACAUCACUGCGUUCAGCUGGUACGCUUUUGUUGUGAAGACCCUAGCUGCCAAGGAUGGAGAGGACUUACCAGCAGGGAUCUUUGUUUAUGGAGGACCUUGGAAAUACCUCACGUUUUUGAAUUUGUUAUUGCAGAUGUGUUUCUUUGGCCUGGCAGCAGUGAACGAUCUACAGCCUGGUAAAAAGUCUGAGAAUGCUCUGAGCAGAUGUAAAGACAUCCUGUUCUCUGUGUUUGCAUUCCCUGUAGGCAUGUUUGUUGUUCUGCUUUUCUGGACGAUCUUUGCCUAUGACAGAGAGUUAGUCUACCCUGCUACUAUUGACACCUUCUUCCCCCCCUGGAUAAACCAUGCUAUGCAUACGUUUGUCCUGCCUGUUUUACUUGGAGAAGUGAUACUGCAGCCACACAUCUACCCACAGAGGAAACACGCGCUGGCAGCGUUAGGAGGAGUGGGCUUGGCUUACUUAUCUUGGAUUAUAUGGGUGUACUUGUCUGUAGGGAUUUGGGUGUAUCCCCUCCUCGGCCACUUCAGCACAUCUGGACUGGUGGGCUUCUUCUUCUUUAACAUGUCUGUGGUGACCCUGCUCUACUUGCUUGGGGACAAGCUCAACAGCUACGUGUGGAGUAAGCACAUGAACAAAAUGGCAGCAAAAACAAAGUAACUUUCUGCAGGAUGUAAAUGUUUAAAUAUAGAAUAAAUCCUCCAAAGCAAGAACAUACUUUUACUUUUG